AUGGCAUUAGAAGUUGAACAGAGAAAAGCAUACGAGCCACCUUGUAAUGCUUUAUCCGAAACAGGAAAACGAGGACUUGGACCGGAAUUUAUCUAUCCAUUUAUUGUACUUUUCUUUGCUACUAUUCUUCGAAAAUUACUCAGGCACUAUCGUAUUUCUCUUCCAUAUACGGUAAUAUUAAUGCUUGUAGGUGCUGUUUUCGGUGGUUUUUAUCAAUAUGAUGUCAUCAAAAGAUUUACAUUCAUUGCUGAUUUAUCACCAGUUCAAAUUCUUUCCAUAUUUUUACCUAUUUUAAUAUUCGAAAGUGCAUUUUCAUGUGAUCCACAUAUUUUUAUCAAGUGUCUCGGACAAAUUCUUACAUUAGCUAUAUUAGGCUUCUUUAUAUCUGUGGCACUUACAACAUUGGCUGUUAUGUAUUGGUACGAAAAUCAGUACACAACUGAUGUGCAAACAUGUUGGACAUGGGACCAGGCUGUUUUAUAUUCAGCGGUUGUUUCAGCGACUGAUCCUGUUUCUGUUGUUAGUUUACUUAAAUCAAUGACGUCGUUAAAAACACUUUCAACUAUAAUUGAAGGUGAAUCUUUACUUAAUGAUGCAGCUGCUAUAACUAUUUAUACGUUAAUGAAAAAUUUAAUUUAUGAAGCAACUAAAUCUGAUAAAAAUCUUGUUGCACAACAAAAUCGAGCCACUCUUCUAGGUAUUAAUGCUGAACGAUGUGCUAAUGCGAUCCGAUUUCUUAUCAAACGUAAAAUAACUGCUGUUUAUCUUCUUCGAUUUGUGUUGAAAACGGUUGCCAUCGCUGUUAUCAUCGGUUAUGCAAUGGCUCAUAUAACAAUAUUUACUUUAUAUCGCAUUGAAGCCGGUGAAUUAGAAGCAUGUAUAACAAUUACAAUGUCUUAUUUUGUUUAUUUAACAUGUGAAGCUGUUGAAGCAUCAGGUGUUAUUGGCGUUGUGCUGCUUGGCUUAACAUUGAAUAUGAAUCGUUCUUGUUUUAGCGUUUCAGCAAUUCACAUAUCGAAACAAACAUGGGAAUUACUUGCUUAUAUAGCGAAUUCGCUUAUAUUCAUAACUGUCGGCGUUAUUCUAUUGAAAACAUAUAGCGAAAGUCAUAAAAUGCUAUCGCUACUGAGUUCAAUUCCGCAAUUACUAUUAAUCUAUAUUAUAUUAAUACUUGUUCGAGCCAUAAUGAUACUUUGUAUUCAUUUCAUAUUGAAACAUAUCGCAUAUGGUUUCACUUGGAAAGAUUCUAUUGUUACAAUUUGGUCUGGACUACGCGGUGGUGUUAGUCUUGUUCUUGCCUUGACACUUUUUAAUAGUAAAAUUAAAGAUAAAUAUCAAGCCGAUACAAUGCUUAUUCAUACAACAGCUAUUGUCUUUCUUACUUGUACAGUGAAUGCUUUGACAAUACCAAAUGUUGUUCAUAUUUUACGAUUAGACCAAACAUCGAUAUUAAUUAAACAAACAAUGAUUCAAAUAGUAAAAGAAUUAAAAAUAAAACAAAAUGAAAUGAUUCGAUAUUUGAAAACGAAUCCGAUCUUAGCUACAGCUGAUUGGCUUCUUGUACAAAAAGCGAUUCAUAUACAAUCACAGUUUCUUAACGAAAAAGAAGAAUUAACGAAAGAAAAUUUACUGCUAAGACGUCAUAUCGAUCAAAUAAAAUGUGAUAAUUGUCAAGUGCAUGUUACAAUACCGAUAUCAAAAUAUGAAUUUAAACAGACAUUGGAAGAUUGUCGAGUUCGAAUUUUAAGAUUGCAAAAGACACAUUUUUGGUUGAAUUAUUACAAUGGUCAAUUAUCAUCCUAUGGUCUUCAUACAUUAAAUUCUCUAUGCGAUAGAGCUAUUGAUACACCGAAAAAAUGUAUUGAUUUAAAAACUAUUAAAGCUUAUAUUGUUGGUAAAAGUCGAUUACGAUCUUUACUGAAUUUCAUACGUAAUUGUACACGAAAAUGGCAAAAAUAUUUGCCUUGGUAUUAUUCCAAAGUUCAAAAACGUCAACGUAGAACUAAUAUUAAUGAACAUGAAUCACGAAUAUCUAUUCUGCAAGUUCAACAUUGGUAUAUGAAAUUAUUUACGUGUUUGCCGAUUUCUUUUUCUAUUAUGCUUAUCGAAUGUGCGACUAUUGCAUAUCAACUUCAUACUAAUCUUUGUAAUAAACUAUUGAAUAAAAAUCUCGUCAAAUUAAAUUUAGCAUUAGAAAUUACUUCUAGUCUGCUAUUGAUAUUUGAUUUCAUGCAGAUCUAUUAUUGGUUCUAUCCGUACAUAAAACAGAAAUUUCAUAUUUCUAUUCUUCCUUGGCUAAUUCUUUAUUCAUUUGUUAUUACGUGUCGGUGUUUCAGUUGUAUCAUUUAUUUAAUCAUAUCAACAAGUGGACGAACAAAAAAUUUAUGCAUUAGUUUUUAUAUUCUAAAAAGUUUAAGUUUACUCGAGUGUAUUGUUCUUUGUUUAUUUCUUAUUGAACCACUUCAAUUAUUUGUCGAUUAUAUGCUCAAUCGAUAUGUCAGCAUUAGUUAUGAUAUUGGAUUAGCAUAUAUUUCUUCCGAAGAACAAGUUCUUAAAAUAAUACAUCGAUUAACAGAUAAUGGUAAAAACACUUAG